AUGCCACCCAAGUCCAGAUUCACAAGGCUCGACGCCUUCACCAAGACGGUUGAGGAUGCGCGCAUUCGCACCACGAGCGGUGGCAUCGUCACCAUCGUGUCGCUGUUGGUCGUGCUGUUCCUUGCAUGGGGAGAAUGGGCCGACUACCGCCGCAUCGUGGUGCGCCCAGAGCUGAUUGUGGACAAGGGGCGAGGAGAGCGCAUGGAGAUUCACCUGAACAUCACAUUCCCCAAGAUGCCGUGCGAGCUUCUCACCCUCGACGUCAUGGACGUAUCCGGAGAGCAGCAGCACGGUGUCGCGCAUGGUGUCAAGAAGGUUCGCCUCCGACCGCAGUCCCAGGGCGGCGGCAUCAUCGACACCAGAUCCCUGGCCCUCCACGACGAAAAGGCCGAGCACCUCGACCCCAACUACUGCGGCGAAUGCUACGGCGCGACGGCCCCGGCCACUGCGAGCAAGCAGGGCUGCUGCAACACCUGCGACGAGGUCCGCGAGGCUUAUGCCACCCAGGGCUGGGCGUUUGGCCGCGGCGAGGGCGUCGAGCAGUGCGAGCGCGAACACUACGCCGAGAAGCUGGACGAGCAGCGGGAGGAGGGCUGCCGCAUCGAGGGCGACCUCACGGUGAACAAGGUCGUGGGCAACUUCCACCUUGCGCCCGGACGCAGCUUCAGCAACGGCAACAUCCACGUACACGACCUCAAGAACUACUGGGACACGCCCAACGGCCAGAAGCACGACUUCACCCACACCAUCCACCAGCUGCGCUUCGGCCCGCAGCUUCCAGAGGCCAUCAAGCAAAAGCUGGGCGGCGCCAAGGCUAUGCCGUGGACCAACCACCAUGUCAACCCUCUUGACGGCGUCAAGCAGGAGACCCAGGACCCCAACUUCAACUACAUGUACUUUGUCAAAAUUGUGCCGACGUCUUACCUGCCUCUCGGAUGGGAGAAGCAGAUGCAGAAGCUGGUUGGCAUCGACGGUAGCGCUGACGGCAGCGUCGAGACGCAUCAGUACUCGGUCACGAGCCACAAGAGGAGCCUCAGCGGCGGCAACGACGCCGCGGAGGGCCAUGCGGAGCGACAGCAUUCCCGCGGAGGCAUUCCGGGCGUGUUCUUCUCAUAUGACAUUUCGCCCAUGAAGGUCAUCAACCGCGAGGAGCCGGCCAAGACGUUCCUUGGCUUUCUGGCCGGUCUUUGCGCCAUCGUGGGCGGUACGCUGACGGUUGCCGCUGCCGUGGAUCGUGGCCUGUUCGAGGGUACCACGCGGCUGAAGAAGUUGCGCUCCAAGGAUAUGUGA